CUUCUCUGUUCCGCCCAGCCUCCGUUGCUCUGGAACGGGUCCCUGCAGCCCCCAGCCGAUGGCAGGGCAGUAGCCGCCUGUCAGGGGUCCUGAACGGCUGAGGCAGACGCUGCGGCUCCAGGGCCUCAGAGAGUGGGUGUCUCCGGAGGCCAUGGGCUACCCAGAGGUAGAGCGCAGAGAACCUCUGCCCACGGCAGCGCCGCGGGAGCGGGGGAGCAAGGGCUGCGGCUGUCGCGGGGCCCCUGCCCGGGCGGGCGAAGGGAACAGCUGCCGGCUCUUCCUGGGUUUCUUUGGCCUCUCGCUGGCCCUCCACCUGCUGACGUUAUGCUGCUACCUAGAGUUGCGGUCCGAGUUGCGGCGGGAACGGGGAGCCGAGUCCCGCCUUGGCCCCAGCACCCCUGGCACCUCUGGCACCCUGAGCAGCCCCGGUGGCCUUGACCCUGACGGUCCCAUCACCCGCCACUUCAGGCAGCCAUCACCUCAGCAGCAGCAGCCGUUGGAACCGGGAGAAACCACACUCCCCCCACACUCCCAGGACGGGCACCAGAUGGCCCUUCUGAAUUUCUUCUUCCCUGAAGAAAAAUCAUACUCUGAAGAGGAAAGUAGGCGUGUUCGCCGCAAUAAAAGAAGCAAAAGCAGUGAGGGUGCAGAUGGUCCAGUUAAAAACAAGAAAAAGGGAAAGAAGGCAGGACCUCCUGGGCCCAAUGGCCCUCCUGGACCUCCAGGACCCCCAGGACCCCAGGGACCCCCAGGGAUUCCAGGAAUUCCUGGAAUUCCAGGAACAACUGUGAUGGGACCACCUGGCCCUCCAGGUCCCCCUGGUCCUCAGGGACCCCCUGGCCUACAGGGACCUUCUGGUGCUGCUGAUAAAGCUGGACCUCGAGAAAACCAGCCAGCCGUGGUGCAUCUACAGGGCCAAGGGUCAGCAAUUCAAGUCAAGAAUGGUGGAGUGCUCAAUGACUGGUCUCGCAUCACCAUGAACCCCAAGGUGUUUAAGCUACAUCCCCGCAGCGGGGAGCUGGAGGUACUGGUGGACGGCACCUACUUCAUCUAUAGUCAGGUAGAAGUCUAUUACAUCAACUUCACUGACUUCGCCAGCUACGAGGUGGUGGUGGACGAGAAGCCCUUCCUUCAGUGUACCCGCAGCAUUGAGACAGGCAAGACCAACUACAACACUUGUUAUACCGCAGGAGUCUGCCUCCUCAAAGCCAGGCAGAAGAUUGCCGUGAAGAUGGUACAUGCCGACAUCUCCAUCAAUAUGAGCAAGCACACCACCUUCUUUGGGGCCAUCAGGCUGGGCGAGGCCCCUGCAUCCUAGAUUCCCCCCAUUUUCUGCCCAUGCUCCCGCCCCUGCCCCAGAGCUGGGAGCUGGGACUCCCAGAACCUCUCAGUGCUGCUGUGGAAUGAGGUGUGAUGGGUAUCGCAGCCACAGAGAUUGAUAAUCCAGGGCUAUUUAUUCCCCGGUGACUCCAGGAUGAUGAGGAGGCCCGCUUGACUUUCCAGAAUGACCUUGAGUUCACAGGAGGGUUGAUGGAGCCCCAGGGUUUGUAGGAAGCAGGACCUUCUUCCUUGGCUCCGUGUCAGCUGGCUUAUGGCUCGACUCUUCAACCUCAAGGUUGCUUUUGUCAGAGUGAUUGUUUCUUGCACUAAGGUGGGGAGUCCAGGGCAGCAGGCAAGAGAAAGCAAAAGUGGACUCCAGACUGUGGGGGCAAGCCUCUGACCCUAAAGGGGCUGC